GUCCUUGCAACCUUGGCAUGGCUUCGGACUCAUGGGGCUACUAAGCCGAUCCAGACGGAAAGAUGCGAAGGAGGCAGUUUCUCCCAGGAAGAUUGAUCUUGAAUCUGGUGAUCUUGCAGAUGCUUUGACUGGUGAUGAAGCUGGCACAACGGAGGAAGCCCUCGAUUUCGAAAAGCCUGAGCAGAAUGUAGGCGAAGGUGGUGAAGGGGAUGUUGCUAAAGGCACUACGCUGAGCAAAAGGAAGACUGGGUUCAGGAUGCCGAAGCUGUUUGGGAAGGCAGAGGAUGGCCCAGAAGAAAUGAAGGAGCCCAUGGAAAGAAUGCGAUGGUGGGAGCUUACGUUUUCGAUUAGAGGCUUUGAGAAUGUUACAGUGGACACGCUGAAAUUGUUCUGGACGGUCUCCCUGGGAAGUGACAACCCGAAAAAGCACCGAAAUCGAGUCCGCUUGCAAACAAAAUUCACUUCGAUCUUCACGCUGGAGAAAGGCAAAGUCUUUACUGCAGACAACCCAAUCGUGUUAUACGAGCGCAAGACCUUUGCCUUAUGCUACAAGGAGCUUGAGAAGCAUGUUGUCAAAGUUGACAUGUGGCGCGUCUCUUGUUGGACCUUCAAUGAGUACUAUGGCGUCAAGAAGCAAAAGCUCUCUCAAAUCGCGAACCGCGAUCCAAACAUGGAACUCCGGAUCCUGCGGAAGCUCUCAAGAAAGCAGUUGGCCGACAAGAAGAAAGCCAAGUCUGUCGCGGAUGUAGCGCUCUAUCGUUGCACGGUGAAUCUUGAGGAAAUCUUUGACUUUGAUUUGUUUUGUGAGAAUUGGACACUGGAGCUUGGCCGGGCAAGCCCGGAGUUCAAACAAAUGAAGGAAGAACGGAAGCGGCUGACGUUCACCGUGCCCCGGGACAGACGAACAUUGCCCGGUCACAGGGGCUAUCUUGGACGGGGCGCAGCCUCGCAGACCGUCGAAUGGAAUCAGCAAGACGGGCGAUUUUUCUGGCCAAACUGUGGCAAAUUUGUCUUCCGUGGGACUCGGACCCACUUGCAGAAUUCAUACUUCAUUGUCUCCGUCCUGACGGGCAAACCGCCAACCUUUCUAGCCAACAACGCGACUAUCGCCAAGAUGGAGAAACAUGCCCCGGCGCCACACAGAGUGCUGGGCCGCUGCUUGCUGAACCUGACAUCUGUGUUGGACAUGUCGGUCUUUCAGGGCAAAGUCAAGCGGUUCACUCCAGAUUAUGAAAGAUACAUUGUUGGCGACAUCAACGGCAAUGUGAAAUGCAUCCUGCGCUCGAAGGGCAUGAAGGAACCCGAGCUGGACUUUCGCACCAAUCGUCCAGAGCAGCUCAAGACUGCAACUACAGUAUCCCACUUGAACCCGUACGAACGCUAUUUGGUGGUCCGUGUCAAGAAAUGUGAAGCCCUACCAGUUGCAGACUUUGAUACUGGAAGCUCUGAUCCAUACCUGAGAUGCACUUGGGACAACAUGGUCAUGCUGUCGCCUGUAGUGAAGCAAUCCUUACGCCCGGUCUUCAACCAGAGCUUCUAUUUUCCGGUGAGGGUGGUCUUCCCCGAGCUCCGCAUGGGUUCAAAGGCUGAAAAGAAGUAUCAAGACAGCAUUUUAAAGUACGAGCUGACCAGCAAAGGCCAUAUUCAGAUACAGGUGUGGGACGAUGAUGUGACAUCCGCUGACUGCCUGGGUGGGUGCCAAGUCACACUGGGAGAUAUUCUCAAUGUACGAGCAACGCAGAAACGAACCCUGUUGGGUCCCUUGGCGGCUGAGAAGAAAGAUGAUGAGGAUGAGAAUGAGUUCGAGGCAAAGCAAGAAAAACACAAUCAGUGGUAUGAAGAGCCCAGAUCGGUGCGUGUCUAUGAUGGCAGCAAGACCGCGCUUGGCCAAUCAGCUUUGGCGAACAAGGAUGCUGCGCUGAUUCACUUUGAAGCUUAUUUCUACCCGGACUGGGCUGAAACUCUGAGAUUUGAGGAUGAAGUGCAGGAGGUCGACGCUGAAUCGGUUUGGGCCAAGAAGGAAGAGGAGUGGAAUUCUCGGAACAUGCAGAAGGCUGAAGACUAUGCGCUGCCAUUUCCGGAUUCCAUAGGCGCCAAGAAGCCAAAAGAGGAGAACAUGAUGCAGACGGCAGAUUCUUUGAGACGAUUUCCUUGCAUUGGCUUGCAUCCUUUGACAAGGAUAGAGACUCCUUUGAUGGCAUUCGUGUCCCCCAUUAUCAUUCCAGAGGAGUGGAGUUUUCCGGCAAAGCUGUUGGAAUGGGUACAUUGCUUGUCUUUUAAGAUUACUCAGCGUCAAGCUCGCAUUGGUCUAAUUCCAAGUGACGGCUGGAAAGACCCUGAGUAUGUUCUUGCCAGACGAAAGGGAGCUCCUCAAGAUCAUUCAGUCUUGCUGUGCUCCCUCCUUCUGGGUUGCAAAGAAGAUGCGUAUGUGGUGAAAGGCACCGUAUACUCAAAAGAUCCGCUGGCAACUAUGGAGAAGUCAGAUCAACUGAUUGAGCAUACAUGGGUUAUGACACGCGAAAAUGGAUGGGUCACCUUUUGGGAGCCUUGCAGCAGACAGAUUUUUCACCUUCCUAAUCGAUAUGAUCCAAGAAAGGUGAAGAAGAAGAAGCUGGAACAACUCGCGGUGAAGGAAGAAAAAGAGGAAGAAGAACAAGAUGACGAUGCAGACAUAGAACGCCAGCAGUGGGAAGGAGAGGCUGAAGAUUGCAGAGUGCAUUUGGAAGAUAUGGAAAGCUUGCCAACUGUAGGGCGUAUGCCAAAGCCAAAGACAAGAUCAGACAAGGCAAAGAAAAAAGACGAAGAGCCGGGCCGUGAACGCCUGAAGCGUGAGCUCAUCGAGCAGCGUGAGGGUCUGCCAAUUGCCCCAAAGAGGAAGAUGCUGCAGGAAGAGCAGCUAGUGACGUGGCUGCCGUACGAUUCCAUCGAGGUGGUUUUCAACGACAAGAACGUUUGGGCCAACCGACAAAACCACCACCCAGCUUGCAUUACCUAUGAUUUGGACGACGAUGACAGUUCAAGCGAGCCAGCGUGGGAAAGAUUCCUCCAUGCCAAAGAUGAAGAGACACUCCAUUUCCAAGCAAUUUGUCCAAAUGUGUCGGUCCAGCCUGAGCUGAAGCCUUCAAUCAUCGAUGAACUUCAAGAUGACUUGCGCACGGAGAUGAUGCAGAAUUUGCAGCUAUACCGGGGCAAAAAGGGAAUGGACACCAUGUUUGACCACAAUGAGGAGCUCAUGCAGCAGCUGCGAAUAUUCCUUGAUAUUCACGAGCUUUGGCGACAGAUUGAUCCAGAUGGGCCCACAGCGCAAAGGGUGCUUGAGGAGUACAAAGCUCUUCCAAAGGAUAUGCCGCGAGAUCAGAUGACGGAGCAGCAGAAGUUUCAUCGAUUUGUUGGCGAUAUCCUUAAACUACGGAUUUGGAACCGUCAUGGUUCGCCAUUCUUUCAUAGCCGCAAGGACUAUGAGAAAGAGCAGAAACACAAUUGGCGAACAUUGGAGAAACUCCAUGGUGAAUUCCAGAAAAAGGAGGAUAGCUUCCCGAUCAAGCGUGGCAAGAAGUUCAAGGGCUUCCCAGUGCACUUUUGCACGUCAGACCAAGAAAGCAUACGGCAGUACCUGAUGCAGAUCAAAGAGUACAAGCAAAUCAUAGACUCAGAUGAGGAGGACGUGUUCUAUACCAUUGAGUGCCGCAUCAUUGGCCGCCUUGGUGGAAUAUUGUCUGUGUGGUUGUACGUGGGAAUCCAGGAACCACAGCGCGAAGCAGAUUUUUUGGAGGAAUGAGGCUAGGAACCUCACAUUCUGAUGUCCAAUUCGCGUAUAUACACAGAUAUUGCGAACGGAUCGCGGCAAGCUGGAGUCAGAACUCAAAUGAUUGGAAAUGUCUUCGCAUCAGCACUCAGCACGACUGCCAAACUCCGUUCAGUCCGUGCUUUCUGGCCAAAGUUGUUUCAGGAAUGUAGUAUGCAUGCUUCUUUUGUGUGAAGUAGGGUAGGGGUCGUGUGGUCCAAUUGUGGCUGCAACGGCUGUUGGUUUCACAGGGCCAGUCCGGCGCCAAAUGCUAGAUCCCGUUUGCAGAAACUUGGCGCGAUACUCCAAGCAUCUCCAAGCAGAAGUCGGUGAUUUGCGACAGAUGCAAUGCCUUUCAGGCAGCCAGCUGCACAUAAAACCGCGGCCC